GGGAGGUCCGACGCGUCGUUCCAUCUUUUUUAUUUUGAUUGUUUAUUUCGCGUUUCGUGGAGUGUGGUUCAAUCUUCCGCGAGGAAUGUGACCGUUAAAGUUGCCUGUGAUAGAAUAAGUUAAAAGUGACCAUUUGAGGAUGUCCCGCUCGGCCAACUAUUUGGCGCUGUGCCUGCUGGAUGCGCUGGAGGACGAAAGUUUGGAAUCGCUGCGGGUGCUGCUGGAGACGUACGGGGCCAACCCGAACACGGUCAUCCUGGAGAAGAACGUGGCGCCGAUUCAUCUGGUGGUGGGAGCGGAGAACCUGCUGCUGGCGGAACGAGCCACCCAGCUGAUGCUGGAUUACGGCGGGGAUGCGAACUUGCGGUCGGAGGAGGAGGGCAUUACGCCGCUGCACAUUGCGGCCAAUUUGGGACGGGCGCGGUUGGUGGAGAUUCUGCUGGCUGGGGGAGGGGAUUUGGAUGUAAGGGACGACGAGAAUAACCGGCCGGUGGAGUACGCGAUUCAGGGAGGAUUCUUCGAGGUGGUGCAGAUCAUGCAGCGGUUCGUGUUUGAGCGGAAGUUUGAGAAGAAGCGGCAGCAGAUUCUGCGGAAGGAGUUGUCCACGCCGGAGGGUGGUUUCGUCAAGUGCUUGGGUGGAUAUUUGUGGGUUGGUGGUGGUGGCACUCCCACGAAGAACAGCUUGACGGUUCAAGCGUUGGACGAGAACAAGCUUACGCCGAACAAGGUCCACUACAACUUUGACGCCACUUCGCCGUAUUACAUUAACAUAACCCACCGGAAGAGGACACCGAAAAGUGCCAUCCUAAACGACGUUCAAGACUCACCCCCCGUCGAAGACGACGAAAUCGUGAUGGCCAAGCAGAACCUGUUUGAGCUAACCGAACGUAACCUCACCCAGUUCAGCCGGAGCAUGGCCAACGGACGUCGACGGUCCUCGUACAUCGAGUGCUGGCGCGACAAGAUCGCUGCCCUGCGUGACCGCAACAAGCUCAGCACGAACCUCGAAGACAUCGAGCGGAUUCUGUCCGGCUUCUCGGAAAACAGCAUCCAAGAGCAAGACUCCCAAAUAAUCGAACUCCACACAACGCUCGACGCCUCGUACCAAACCGCCCACGAGCACGCCCAACCCGCCGAGGACAGUCUCCGGACGAACGAGUUCGCCCUGGCCCUACUACCCUCCCCCGUUCCCUCACCAAAACCCACAACCCCCAACGCAAUAGUACAACUCACCGAAGAGUACAUCCACACGGACGACGAAGCCGGGCUCGUCUUCCUGGAGAAGAAAUUCCACGCCCCCCAAGUACCAGCUGAACCCACCACCACCACAACUCGCCCCCGCAACCCCUCGAUCUCGAGCCAGUCGACGGCCCUCACGCUGCCCCCGCUGGACUACGAUACGGACGUGUUGCGGGCCGAGCUGACCAACUUUGGCGAGCCGCCUGGGCCCAUCACGAAGCACACCAAGAAGCUGUACCUGAAGAAGCUGGUCAAGUACAAGCGCGACCCGGAGCGGGCGCUGGCGCAGGCCCGGGACAGGCGGCAACCGCAGUACUCCGUCGAGCUGCUGGCCACGCUGCGAUGCGCGCAAAUCUUCUCCCGCAUCCCGGAGCACGGCCCGCUGGAGGAGGAGAUGUGCGCCGAGUUCGUCAACGGCACGGACAAAACGUGGCGCGAGGGCCACCUGAAGAAGAGCUUCAUUUAUUUGUUGAUUGACCCGCGGAUUUCGGAGAACUUGCCGGCCCAGCAGAAGGUGCUGGGGCAGACGGAGUUGUGGAAGCGGUUUCUGCAGUCGAUAUUUUACGUUGGGAAGGGGAAGAGCAGUCGGCCGUACAGCCACCUGUACGAUGCGAUGAAGUUGUACCAGCAGAAGUCUUGCGGGAGUGGUGGGGAGGGGCAGUUGCGGGCGCCGGACGAGCACGCCCCGCUGCAGGUCGAGGACGAGCAGAUCAUCUUCCAGAGUGAGGAGCGCAUCGAGCGGGUUUGCCGGGCGUCGAAGAUCUUGAACCGGAAGCAGAUGGCGGACAGCGAGAAGCUGAACCGGAUUAUUGAUGUUUGGAGGGCGGGGCGGGGCGUGAGUUGUUUGCACGUGUUCCACAACAUCAUGCCGGCCGAGGCGUACACGCGGGAGGCCGCGAUCAUCGACGCGCUCGGGAUGCAGAAUCUGACCAACCUGAAGCGGGGCGAUUAUUACGGGAAGACGCAAUCGUGGCCGAUGAAGCAGCGGAAACAGCUGGGGAUUUUGCUGCUGUACAAGGCGAUGCAGAUCUUCCUGGCGGAGGGCGAGUCGCAGCUGCUGCCAAGUGAUUUAAUAUGAGACUAAAAUGUGAUCCUCCAGUACUUGCCUCGUUUAAAUUUAUAAGUUUUUAUACGAAAAAAUAAUAUGACAUUUUACAGUAA